UCUAAACCACAUCCACCUUGAAAUGCUAAAUACCCGUUUUUUUCGUUCCACAAUAAUAUUUAGUUCACUAUUACUUGUUAUCAUACACUUUUAUUGCAAAACUUAUUUCUAUUUGCAUUUUAAAUUUCACUUUUUACCCGACCUAGUAUUACUUUGUAUAAAAAAAAUGCCAUCGGGAUCGUAUCAAGUGACACAAAAACCUAAUACAGCUCAAAAUAAUGAUCAAUCUUACAGAAAUUGUGUUAUUACAAUGGUUUUAUUUAUUAUGAUGUGUGUUAUUAUUAUUUUGGCAACUUGGCCUUGGAAAAAAAAUAGUUUAAAUAAUAAUUAUAACAAUGCAGUCAGUGAAGAUGAUAACUAUAAUAGUGAAGAAUAUGUAAGUGAUAAUGAUUUUUAUAAAAAUAAUAAAUCUGAUAAAUUUGAACGACUAGAAGAAAUAUUAGAAAAUACCACAAUGUUUUCAGUGAUAGCUGAAGUAUCUGAAGGUUUUGAAAAAAAUGAAUACAUAGAAGAUAAUGCUACGAGUAUUAGAAAAACUGAAUUUUCAUCUACUACUUCAAACUUAUUAAAUACUAAUACGUCUGCUGGUAUUGAAACGUCUUCAUCACUGUCUAAUAAUUUUAUUGGUUUUUCAACACCUUCUCCAAUAGAAAUAUUAGAGACUAGUUCUUCUGGUGAUAUUGGAACGUCUUCGUCAGAAUCUAAUGAUAAUUUUACUAGUUUUUCAACACCUUCUCCAGUAGAAUUAUUAGAGACUAGUUCUUCUGGUGAUAUUGGAACGUCUUCGUCAGAAUCUAAUGAUAAUUUUACUAGUUUUUCAUCACUUUCUCCAGUAGAAUUGUUAGAGACUAGUUCUUCUGGUGAUAUUGAAAUAUCUUCAUCAGUAUCUUAUGAGGAUUCGUCAGUAUCUAAUAAUAAUUCUUCUACUGAGUCUAUAAUUAAUACGAGUGAAGAUUAUACAGAAUCUGGGGGAACAGAAGAAACUGUAAGUGAUGACACUACUGUAACACCAUCACCAUCAGAAGGAUAUAGUACAAUAAAAAAAAUGGUUUACUUUUAUUUUGGAAGUACGUAUACAGAAGAAUUAAAAACCACAUUUGAGGGGGAUGAAAAUAAGGGCACUGCUACAAGUACACUAGGUCCAUCAAUUACAAAUGAAGCUUUCGAUGAAGAUGCAGCAGAAUCAAUUAAAAUUUCAACGGCUAAUCCAAAUGAUACAAUAGUUUAUACAACUAAAAAUAGUUUGCUGGAAAAUAAAAUUAUAUCUUCAGAAAAAACUAUCACUGAAUUGUCAGAUGAAGAACAAGAAAGUCCUGUUUGUAUGUCAGGACAAUGUAAACAAUUGUCAAGUAAAAUUUUAUCUUAUAUGAAUCAUUCAGCGAAUCCUUGCGAUGACUUUUACGAAUACGCUUGCGGUGGCAUGGAAUCAGAUCCUCAAAUUAGUAACGUCGACUUGUCUAUGCAAGUGUUGGAAAGAAUAAAAAAUUCGAUUAAGAAAUUUAAUCAUCAUCCAGAAUAUUUAUCUUUUACAAAAUAUGUUGACAGCUGUAUGAGAUACGAUGACUAUUCUACUAAAAAUGAAAGAAUUGUUCAAGCUAAAAACGUUUUAAGUAAAAUUGGAAAAUUUUAUACUGCAUCAAAUUGGGAAAAUAAUUUUCAUUUAACUCAAUUAAUUGCCAAUAUGAUUCUGCACAAUAACCCAAUACUUUUUGAUAUUGUACCAGAUGUAAAUGAAAUGAAUCCUAAAAAAUUUAUUUUAAGUCUACGACCACCAGAUAAUUUAUCUAAAUAUUUGAAUUAUACAUCUUGUGUUGAAGACAUUGAUGAUUUAACAGGAGAAAUAGAUUUAGAAGAACUCUAUAGCAAUUACAAAUCCUGCAAAAAUAAUACAAGAAAAUUACAUAAUUCUGUCACUAAAGCACUAAAAGAAUUUGAUAUUUUUGAAGAAUUUUAUAGUUUAGAUAAUAUUACUGAAUACAUUAAUGAAAUAGUUAUUGAUAUAAAUUAUCAAGUAAUCAAAGCCUUAUUUUCGAAUUAUCCACCAGAUAGUGAAAUUCGUGCAGCUUAUGAAUCUAAAGAUUACGGCAUAAUAACUCUUAGUGAUUUGGAAGAUCACUCAAAAUUAUUAAAUUGGACAAAAUUAAUAUCAAUUAUCACUGGAAUGACAUUUGAACCUCACGAUGAAUUACAAAUAUAUUUUAAAAAUAAUAUUUUUAAUGCUUUAAAUACUUUGGAAAACUUUGGUAAAACUCAUUUACGUGAAUUAAAUAAUGCACUUCUUGGACUUUACGCAAGAAAUUUAUACAUUGAGUUAGUAGAGUCAACAUCAUUUAAGGAUUUAGAAAAUUAUUGUUAUAAUAAUGCUAUGAAUUAUUUACCUAUAGAAACUUCAUAUAUAUACAUUUCUUCGUUCUCAGAAAAUGAACUUAAUUACACGAGUUCGAUGAUACAAAAAAUAUUUAUUGAAUUAAAAGAAACGUUGAGAUUAAAUUUUGAAAAAUUAGAGUGGACUAACGAAGAAGGUCGUGCUGAAUUGAUUCAAAAAUUAGAAGGAUUAAAAAUAUCCAUUCCAGAUAUUUCUUAUUUCAAUAACAGUUUACAAUUAAUCAUGACUGAUGAUUACUUCAAUAACACAAUAAUUUUAAUGAAGCAUUCGAGGCGAGAAAUGUACAAUACUCUAGAAAUAAAACCAAGUAAUCCAGAACAACUCUGGACAUAUUUUGCAAAGCCCUAUCAAUCAUCAUUUCAAACACUGUAUGGUUUGAAUUUAAUUCUCGUACCUUUAGGUGCAAUUGACUGGACAUCGAUUAAAAAAUACGAUCAAACAUUUGAUUAUUUAAUUUUAUCAAACGUUGGAAAUCUCAUAGCUCGUGAAAUAGCCAAUUAUUUCGGCUCAAAUGGAAUAAAAUAUUGGAAUGGAACACGUGAUUCUCCAUUCGCACUUCUUGAUGAUGAUUUUACAAAGACAAAUUACGAUGACUACAUAAAUUGUCAAAAUCAAUCGCUUUUUCAAGAGCCGAUACAUAUGAUACUUUCAUCUCAUAAUAAACACAUUCGUUUCAUGAUACCUCAAUUGACUCUAAACUCAAGACUAUCUGACGCGAUGGGCGUUAAACUUGCCCACGAUACUUUGGCUAGAAUUGGAUCAACUUCUGCGAAGCUUCUACCCUGGUUAAAUUUAAAUAUCAAUCAACUUUUUUAUCUUACUUACACUCAGUCACACUGUACAAAGAUUCCACUAACCAAAUUUUCAAUUUCAUUGUAUGAGAAUACGAUUCUACCAAGUCGCGUGCGAAUUUUUGCCACAACAACGAACAACAAAGCAUUUGGCGAGUUAUGGAAUUGUCCGGAAGCUUCACAAUUACUUCCCAACUUUUCAUGUGGUAUUUUUCCAUAUCUCGAGUAUCAAAGCGUAGUGAUUGAAACUGCGUAAUUAAAUACCUGAUUAUUAAUUUAACUAUAAAAAAUUAUGAGUUAAAAUUGAUUAUUGUCCCGUACGAGACAAUAAUCGUCAAUUUAAACUCACCGUUACAUGUAACUUAAUCUAUUAUCAUUAUUAGUUUUUUUAUUAUUAUUUUUUUUUCUUUUUCUUUUUAUAGUAUUACUAUGUAUUAAUUAUGGCAUAGGUUUACGAACUUGAGCGUGGCUCGUAGUGAUCAGGUCGGACGACUAGAAAAUUUGAAAUAGAUCAAGCUUUACUUAUUUGUU